AUGGAGCCGCCGCCGCCGCCGGUGGGAGGGGCCGCCGCCACCAUGGGAGUCGGCCAUCUCGGGGCCUCCCCAACGCCUUGUAGGUCCGGCGGUGCUCCCUCCUCAACUUGGGAUCCGGCAGCUCCCCCUCCCCAUCGCCCUGGCAUCCGAUGGCACCCCCUCCCCAUCGCCCUGUUGAUCCGAUGGCGCCCCCUCCCCAUCCCCAUCAUCAGCUGCGCCCCAUCCUUUGGUGCUAGAUCAGCGGGGUCCAACGCCGCGGCCGCUCACGUAUCGCCUUUCUCGAGCCUUUUCUCGUCGGCCUCGGCAGCCCUGGCCAUCGCGCCCCACGACGCUCGCGACUCGGGUCUCGGCGGCUUGGCGUACUGGGCUUGGAUUCACGUGGGGACCGAGUCGGCCCCGGCACUCGCGCCACCACAGGAGGAGGAGGACGAGGGCCCGGCACGCUACAUCCUCAUCAAGGCCUACUUCCUCUCCACCAGCAUUGCUGAUCAUGAAGGUGAGUACUAUCUUGAUAUAAUUAGGAAGCAUGCUUUAGGAUGGCUUCCAGAGACGAGAAAAGAUGAUUAUGCAGUGGUUGAGAAACCAUCCUUGACAACAUGGAUGAAAGGAGGUCUUGAUUAUAUAGUUCUUAAAAGUUUGGACACAGAUGGGAUUUGCAUAAUUUCAAGCGUUCUUGGUCAAAGUAUCACCCUUGAUCAUUAUAUUCGACAGGUUGAUGAUAUGGUUGAGGAAUUCACUGAAAUUAAUCGUGUCAUGGAAAAAACUGGCAACUUCACCAUGCAAAUAAAAAAAACUCUUUCAACUUGUGGGGAAGGCUAA